GAGAAACCAGAGACUGUAGCAACUCUGGCAGGGAGCAGCUGUCUCUGAUGGCCUGAAGCUAUGGGCAGCUGGCCAAGCCUAACCGCUAUAAAAAGGAGCUGCCUCUCAGCCCUGCAUGUCUCUUGUCAGCUGUCUUUCAGAAGACCUGAGGGUUCUGUUUUUCAGGUGGGGCAAGUGCGUAGGCAUCAUGUUGACCGAGCUGGAGAAAGCCUUGAACUCCAUCAUCGAUGUCUACCACAAGUAUUCCCUGAUAAAGGGGAAUUACCAUGCCGUCUACAGGGAUGACCUGAAGAAAUUGCUAGAGACCGAGUGUCCUCAGUAUAUCAGGAAAAAGGGUGCAGACGCCUGGUUCAAAGAGUUGGAUAUCAACACUGAUGGUGCAGUUAACUUCCAGGAGUUUCUCAUUCUGGUGGUAAAGAUGGGCGUGGCAGCCCACAAAAAAAGCCACGAAGAAGGCCACAAAGAUUAGCUGAGUUACUGGGCCUAGAGGCUGGGCCCCUGGACAUGUACCUGCAGAAAAAUAAAGUCAUCAAUACCUCA